CUUCAAAUUCUUGAAUUUCCAUUUCUCUCUCUCUCUCUCUCUAUGUCUUUCGCCAUGGAAAACAAGAUCCAAGCUUUACCCCCUCUCAAAAGAUUCAGAUUCAUGCUACAAAACCAACACCACAAUGAAUCAAACCCCAUCAUUUCUUCUUCCUUUUCUCUUCCAGCCAAAAAGAGAAAAGAAUCCAGAGAUUUAAACCCUGCUCCCAUUACCACUCUCUCUUUACCCGGUAAGAAAAGGGUUUGGGCUUUUCAACCCGAUUUGGUUAACCCAGAUGAACCCUUUCUCAAUCUCGAUCUCAACGCUCCACCCCCAAAUGAAGAAAAACUGCCUUACCCAUAUAAACCUGUAGACAGUUCAAUUCAAAUCUCCAAAAUUAUUGGAGAAUCUGAGGAAGAAGAAGAUGAUGGUAUUGAAUGUGCUGUCUGCAAGAGCACAGACGGAGAUCCAACGGAUCCAAUCGUCUUCUGUGAUGGAUGUAAUCUAAUGGUUCAUACUACUUGCUAUGGAUCUCCAUUGAUCAACGGCAUUCCAGAUGGAGAUUGGUUUUGCGCCCAAUGCUGUAAUAAACAAAUGUCACCUGUUUCUUGCUGUCUUUGUCCCAUCAAAGGAGGGGCCAUGAAGCCAACAACGGUCGAUGGAAAGUGGGCUCACUUGGUAUGUUCUCUCUUUGUUCCCGAAGUGUUCUUCACAGAUCCAGUGGGCAGAGAGGGAAUUGAUUGUUCUAAGGUUCCGAAAAGGAGAUGGGAAAAGAACUGUCGAUGUUAUUUGUGUGGAUCUUCAAGUGGGUGUGCUAUAGAAUGUUCAGAACCAAGAUGUGAGUUGGCUUUUCAUGUGACAUGUGGAUUGAAUGAAGAACUUUGUAUUGAAUACAAAGAAGGGAUAAACAAUGGAGGUGUUGUUGGGGCCUUCUGUAAAGAUCAUACUAAGCUUUGGGAAGAGCAACAGAAGACUGGAAAGUUCAAGAUUGUUGCUAGAGAGAAAUGAAUCAACAUCUUCUUAGUUAAAUCUGAUUUGCAAUUUUAUUAGAUGGGUUUUAGCCUCUUUUGUACUUGUAGUAGAGUUAAGAUCAGUUUAGUUUUAAUACAGUGUUGUGAUUGAUUGUUUAGUUUAGAAAUGGCUCAAUUUAAUGAUUUAUACAAACUGAAUCAAGAAUUGCAUGUAUUAUUAUUAUUAUAUCUGAUUGGAUUUGAUCA